CCGGCUCCACCCCCGUGGGCGGGGCCUGGGGAAGCCGGGGGGCAGCCGCGGGCGGCCGGUGGCGGCUGCACCCGCGGCGCUGAGGCCGAGGCGGAGGCCCGGGUGCGCUCUUGGCGAACGUGCCGGCUCGGCUCGGCUGCACCGGCCCCUGAGGCCGCCUGGGCGUCUCGACUGGCCUGUGCACAGCCCCGGCGAGAAUGCGGCUGUUCUGCUGGUUGCUGAAGCAGACGGUGCCCAAGCAGAUCGAGCGCUACUCGCGUUUCUCGCCUUCGCCGCUCUCCAUCAAGCAGUUCCUGGACUUCGGAAGAGAUAAUGCAUGUGAGAAAACUUCCUAUAUGUUUCUGCGAAAGGAGCUUCCUGUGCGCCUGGCUAACACCAUGAGGGAAGUCAAUCUGCUGCCAGAUAAUUUGCUUAACCGCCCUUCAGUGAGGUUGGUUCAGAGUUGGUAUAUGCAAAGUUUUCUUGAGCUUUUGGAAUAUGAGAAUAAGAGCCCUGAGGACCCAAAGGUCUUGGAUAACUUUCUGCAAGUUCUGAUUAAAGUCAGAAACAGACACAAUGAUGUAGUUCCUACAAUGGCACAAGGAGUAAUUGAAUACAAGGAGAAGUUUGGGUUUGAUCCAUUCAUUAGCAGUAACAUCCAGUAUUUUCUGGAUCGUUUUUAUACCAACCGCAUCUCUUUCCGCAUGCUUAUUAACCAGCACACUCUUCUGUUUGGUGGUGAUAUUAAUCCUGCUCAUCCUAAACAUAUUGGAAGUAUUGAUCCCACCUGUAAUGUGGCUGACGUGGUGAAAGAUGCAUAUGAAACCGCCAAGAUGCUGUGUGAACAAUAUUACCUGGCCGCUCCAGAGCUAAAAGUUAAAGAGUUCAAUGCCAAAGCUCCAAACAAACCUAUUCAGGUAGUUUAUGUGCCCUCACAUCUGUUUCACAUGCUGUUUGAGUUGUUCAAGAACUCAAUGAGAGCGACAGUUGAACUGUAUCAAGAUAGAAAGGAGGGCUAUCCGUCUGUUAAAACCCUCGUUACUCUGGGUAAAGAAGAUCUGUCCAUUAAGAUAAGUGACCUAGGUGGUGGUGUGCCACUUCGAAAGAUAGACCGUCUUUUUAACUACAUGUAUUCAACUGCUCCUAGACCUAGCCUGGAGCCCACAAGAGCAGCACCUCUGGCUGGAUUUGGUUAUGGUUUGCCAAUUUCUCGUCUGUAUGCAAGAUAUUUCCAGGGAGAUCUAAAACUCUAUUCCAUGGAAGGAGUGGGUACUGAUGCCAUCAUUUAUUUGAAGGCACUUUCAAGUGAGUCAUUCGAGAGACUUCCAGUUUUUAAUAAGUCUGCAUGGCGCCAUUACAAGACCACACCUGAAGCCGAUGAUUGGAGCAAUCCCAGCAGUGAACCCAGGGAUACUUCAAAAUACAAGGCAAAAGAGGACAAGAUCAAGACUAACAGAACUUUCUAGAGAACCGAAAGCUUUGGUCCUCUCUGUGAAGAAAGACUGUCUUCUGCAAGUCAACCAGAACUCCUUUCCUCUACCAACUCUGAGUGCAGCACCGUAGUCAUUCCAGUGCUUGAAUGUGCGUUUUCUUCACAGGAGCAGACCUUUGCCACAGAACCUUGCUGUAGCUACUCUAGAUUGCACACUAAAGUAGUAACUUGAAAAAUUUUUCAUAGUACGUUGCUGUGGUUUGGUUGGCACCUGUUGUAAGAGGGCACAGAGCCUUGUUAGUGCUCUCGUGUCCUCACACCUCCCUCCUCAUUUCCUAGAGUCGAGUGUCUACCGUCUCCCCAGGAUUCUAAGCUCCUUCACAGCCAGUCUCUACUGUCACUCUUUGUGACCAAAUACCAUGUUUGUCACAAACCACUGACCAAGACCUGGGUCAUCUAGAAAUUGAAGACACCAGAGCAUGUCUUGUUAAUUCAGUCCCAGGAUCCUUGCUGUCACAUGCAUUCCUCCUCACUCUCUGAUUUAGACUUUUGCCUUCUUCCAUCUGACCGUAUUCUGACUAUGAAGCGUGGGUACUUUCACAUUAGAUCUCUCUGAUGCACUGACUUUGUUUUGAAAUUCACUUGUGUAUUCCAUUCUGUCCAUUAAAGCAGUCCACAAGUCGUCUUAGAAUUUUUCACUUAACUGCUUGGUUUCAAAGAUCUUAAGUGAAAAACUACCUUCUGGUCAUUAUCAAGUUUGUAAAGAGUGGGAAGGGAGUUUUAAUGCUUAUGUAAAAAUUUUACCAGUCUAAUUAUUAUAUUCCUUUGUAGUUUUCUAAGGAAUUGGAAGUCCCUGUGUGAUGCACUUUACUAGUUGUAAAAUAGGCCGUCGAAGGGACAAGUUCUGUCUAGUUUAUUCUGAUAAAUAUCCCAGGUCUUGAUAAUUUUCAUUUUCAUGACUUCUAGCCAGUUUUAGAAUUGUCUAUCUCAUUUUCACAAUCCUUUACUUUGUGCUGAAAGUUGGAACGGACAGACAACUUGGGUUGAGGGAGGAGGAGCUGAGUUAUAGUUACCCUGAGAAACAGAAGCCAUCCCAGAGACCCUACUAAAAUUGCAAUUUCUAUGGCAUGUCUCUGGUCACUGUAAUUUUUCAUGGGUAUCAUCUACCUUGACUUCUGCCUUCUUUUAAUGUCCAUAUAACUGUUUCCAUCCAAUUUUAAAGUAUCGAGUCCACUGCUUGAGAAGUUGUAGCUGUAAAGUAUUCCUCCUCCUUUAGUCAUGUGACUGUCAGUGCCAUCACAGGCAGGGAGGGGGUGGGGGGCAGAUUUUCCCCUGGGAGGAGCUGUGCUCAGACCAGCUGCAUGUGGGUUGACGGCAGCUGUUUCUCUUGGUUCCACUGAAUCUGAUUUUCCUUCAUUUCGUUAUAUUAUCUGAUCUCAGGGUCGUUCUUUUCUUCUUUAGAAAGAUCUUGUCUCUUCCAUCCAUAGAAGGAUCUCAUCAGAGAUGUCCCAUACUCGGUCAGGUAAAAGAAAGACAGAUGUACUUCUGAGGGGUGACGACAUGGCCCACACGGAGGCCUGCUGGCUUGAGAGCCUAGUCAGGGUCUUGGGGGUGGGACUGUUCCAUAUGAUUAUUUCCUUGUGGCAUAAAAGAUGUAAAAGUAAUGGCCCUUUACAUUUAAAGACCCUGGCUUCCUUAUAAAUGUUAGUCUGUCAGUAUCUUAUCAGGUCUCCAUUUCCAACCAUACUCCUUUACACACUUAAGUGUGAUACAUUGUAGGGGGAAGGCGGCUUCCCUCCCGUCCCUCCCUCUGGCCAUGUUUUACUGGGUGGUUGAGGAGUGCCCAUUGAUUGUUAGGCCCCCACAACAAGCUCCAUGUAAAGGCUGAAGAUGGAAAAUAUGAUGUGGGAAAAUCCUACCACGUUCCUCCCUUUAUGGGGCUUUUCCAAAAGUAAGGUUUCUUUCAACAUUUAAAUGACUUAACUGGUCGUCCUUUACUAACAGCCUUUCUGGCUUAUUCAUGUCCAUCUGACCCCAGUGUAGUCUUGCCUCUCCCAUCUUUGUUUUUGGCAUCAAGAAUUUAACUUUGCUCCCAAAGCCGCCACAAGUGGAGGCUUGGGAACAUCUUGCAUCCUCACAAUUUAUGGCUCCAAGUAUUGUCCUUGUCAUCGACUGUAUGUGGUUCUCUGAACUUCAGCUGUUCGCUGGGUUUGUCGCUAUGCAAAUGGUCAAAUUUCUACACAUGCAUUUUAAUAUAGACAUUGACCCUUGUUCAGCUAAAUUCAUGUGAUUCUCCCAAUUCCUCUGUGUUUCCUUCAUUUACUCCAUUUUAUUUGAAGUAUUUGGGGACUGUGCCUACUAUUUGGCAUGGUUCCCGGCACAUCGUAGGUGCUUAAUAAAUAUUAGUUGAAUCAAUACUAGUUGAGUCAAUGAGUGAAAAUUGACAUUUACCUUGGAUGGUAGGCAACAUCUUUUAAAGUUAUUAAACUAUCUUUGUUUCCAAAUUAAGAAUAAGGCAGAAACUGUGGAAGAACUGAAUUUCCUUUUUUCAGUGCUAAGAGAUGAUUAAAAUACAGACAUGAAAGGAGGGAAGUGGGGAUGGAUCCGCAGGAGCCAUCUGAUCCUUUCUUUGUCUCUGAAUAUCUGAAUUUGGCUGCUUAACAUAGAGGGGUCGUUCCAUCCAAUCACAUGACACAGUUUUACAGCCUUGCUUAUCAUUCGAGAGACCUUUCACAUACAGCAUCCCAUCUGAUCCUUUCAGUGCUGGGAGGCGGACCAGGAAGGUAUUAUCUCUAGUUUUUAUACGAGUUCCAAAGCCGUUCAGUGGUUUGCCAAGGUGGCAGGGUCAGUGAGUGGAAGAGCCGGAGUGAGUAGUUGGGUCUUAUUCCUAGGCCCAGCUCUCAACAAUGUACCAAGUAAUCAGCGUUACCUCUUUUGAGGAAUUUCUUGAGUGCAUCACCCGUCAAGGGUAAGAUGUAAACCAAAAAUUUCCUGUAAUACAAGAGAAUUCCAUUCAGGAGAGGUUUUCUUUUGUGUGUUUUCAUUUGGCAUAGUUAGUUAGAGGAGAUAAUCAAAUGGCUUUGGCAGCAUUUACCUAGAAAGACAGGCAGCUUAAGCUGUGUAGUUGUAGGUAAUUACUACAGUUAUUGAGACUUAAUUCUAUGUUCAAAUGAACUCAGUGCUUGCUGCCAGCCUUUUCAUACAAAGACAGACUCCACAUUCAAGAGUCAAUGCUUUUAACUUUUGGUGGACUGGAUUACAGUUUUAGUUGGAAUUUCUUGCAUAUUUACAAAAUGUACUUCUGUUGCCAGUAACUUGAACAGUAACUUGGCUGGCUGUCAGAUUCUCGGACCACGUCCUUUUUCCCUCUAUACUUAGGAGACAUCGUUUUUUUGUCUUCUAGCAUCUGGUGGUGCUGGGAGUUCUUGCUGGUGUGCGGUGAGCAUUAGAUACUGACAUUCAGGCCUUACUGCAGUUUUUCUGUUUAUUUGCUCUCUUCUUCAACAAUUUGUCCCUCUCUUGGCUCUCUGUUCCCUGUGCUGCACUUUCUCCUUUGGUGGCUUUCAUCCCCAGCCUGUCUGCGUGCUGUGGGACUUUUCCUCAGCUCUUGCCAUCCCGUUGCGCUGUUUCCUGUAGGCAGGAGUCUAGGCCUGGGCGCUUGCCUGCUUGUGGCUUUCACGUCUGUUCCCAUUUUGGGUUUUGUCUCCAUUUCCUUCCUGAGCUCUGCCAGCCUCUCUCUCAUUAUGUCAUCCUCUGUGCCUUUUUAUUUCUUUUCUUGGAGGCUGAACUGUGUUGUCUAUAAUUUUCCUGGUUUCUGAAAUCAUUCUGUGUCCAGAGUGUAUUUACCAGGCUUUUGCUUCUUUCAUUCCUUUUCUUCUGUGUUGUUUUGCUCUUUUAUUGUCGCACAAGUAUCACAGUGGCAUUUUUUGCUCAUUUAUUUGACUUUGCAUGGGCCCAUUCCAUCUGCUCAAGCUGUGCUUCUAAAUCCUCCUUUUUCAAGUGAGAAGCCUUUGAAUGAUCCCUUUACCAUGUGAACUGUGAGGCUUGCUGUUUAUGGGUUGUCAUGAUGGAGGAAGGUUUGGUUUGCAUUCUGCUGUCUGGAUUCUAAGGAAGGACGAGUCGGCAUAGCCUCCUCGGGACAUGUCUCUGAGUGCCCUCUGCGAUGCUGUGGCAUCUUCUGCCCUGGGGUGGCCUGGUCCCACCGUGGAAGCGGGACUGCCCUUGAGUUUCCCGGUUCCCACUAGAUGUCACCCUAGCCAGAGUGGGGUGGGCUCAGACUUUGGCUCGGCUGGACGAUGUGUAAUCAGCAUUCGUGUGAUUGGCUCCUGAGUUACUCUCUCAACACCGCGCGUGUACGGUGCACCUGAGAUGCCCCCUCUCCUCCCAGGCUUCGCUUCUGAACACGUGCCCAUGCAGUGUGCGCUCAGCUCCUCUGCCACCCGUCCCUGUUCUGCCGAUGAAGACAAGAUUGGCAGGCCCUUUGGAGCCCUCUCAUGAACUGCCCAGCAACCGUGGCCUGCUCGGCCAACACGAGAAUCCCCCCUUUGAUUAGUCCCCAGCUUUAUUGUACCUGAGAGACACUCCCCCUGGAGUCUCUGGUAUGGGCUGGUGGUUUUUAUUAGUUUCAUUAUAGAUGGCUUCUUUUUCAGUUUUUGGAUGUGUGUGUUGAAGGGCAGGAGAGCUUAUAUAAACAUGCAUUUAUUCUGUCAUCCUUCCCAUCCAUCCAGGUGCUUAAACAUUGACUUUGAAGAUAAUGUCCUUGGUAAUCAUAAUCUGUAUGUUAGUAAAGAGAAGGAACCAAUAUUGCUAGCAGGAAAGAACCAUUAAUAACUUAAUCAAUACAGGAUUUUUGUUUAUUGUUCUGUGUGGAAAGAUAACUUUUAACUCAGGUUCCUGUUCCAUUGAUUAGAGAUACCAGUACCUUCUGGUUUAAAAAUAAGGAGCAUGUGACAUUUUAAUGAACCUAAGAAGUUAUCAGCUAUUGACAAUUAUUAAUUAGUUAAUUAACUAUGACAGACUAUUUCAAUGUAGAACAUAAUCAGAGUUAUCAAAAGAAGUCUAUUUUUCAUUAACAGAUUGCUAGUCUAACUGCCCCAUUGAGGGUGUUGACCCUUAUGAGAGCUUUACUAUGACACGGAAUUUCUUACUUGUCUUUUCAAUUCAACCCAUUUUAAAAUUUGGUUCAUUAAGAAAUACAAAGGAGUUAAGUCCUCACCAGGAUGAUCUUUGUUGUUUCACAGAGGUGGUUUGUGGGUCUGGGGCCUGCUGUAGAAGCACAUCAAGUAUAUUUACAGGUGGGGGAUGGGGAGUUUAUUUGGCCUGCUUGUAGGUUUGAAGCUUCCUUUCCUCAGCAUCUAACCUAUCCCACUAGGCAGACUUCCUUGCCGUCAGAGCCCAGCAUGAUGAUCAAGGGGCAUGAGUGGCAGCCUAGCUUUAUGUACCAAACCCCACCCAUGCCGUGCCUUCUCCAAAGGUCAGAGUUUUUGCCCUGGUUCUGUCCUGGUGUGAAAUAUAAAGAACUGAAGACAUGCCCACAUGUAAGGGACAAGUGAAAUAAAAGUGGUAGACAGAGGAACAUGUAAAGGAAAGCUAUGUUCACUCCCCCACGUCAGUAACACGAGUCUGUGGUGAGCUAGGAUUGCCAAGUGCUGGCCAUGUGGCGGGGUUGCAAGGCAGACAGAAAUCCCUGCCUCAUGGAGCUAAUGUUCUAGCAGGGGAAACAGCGGGGACACGAACAUGAGAAGUUUCUAGUACAGUUGGGACAUAAGUGCUAUGGGGCUGCAGGGGGCGAGUCGGGGCACGACACCCAGGAAGUGGUGUUCCGUCAUGGACUGAUGUGUUCCUUAGAUGAGGAAGUGGUAGUGGUUCCUGGGUGCUUUUCACCUUUGUAUCUCUUCAUGUGAAUUUGUAGAGCCUGCCUCCACCACCUGGCUCUCUGCGUGGCUCUGCAGGGGACCCUGCCAAGGGCCCCGAGCUGAGGCUUUCGGUACACAGAGUGGACUGAGCCUGCUGUCCUGCAUCAUCUGCCUGGCCCACGGGGCACCACUGUCAGGUGGGAAGGGCCAACUAUUACAAUUGAAUUUCACUGAACUGCGAGCUGCUGUUUCCUCACAACAAAAAUGCAAAUUACAGCAAGGUCCGUGUAACUUUGUCAGACUUCAGAAAUCAUGAAAUAAACUUAUAACAUCUGAGGGAUGAUGCUGGCAUUAAAAUAACUGCUUGUCGGGAGGAAAGACCCCCUUAACACUUCCACACUGGUUUUAGGGGUGGAGGAAAGGAUUACCUGAGAAAGCAUCCCUCUGGAGUUCCUGGGUUGGCAUUAGCUGUGUUCACCUCCAAAACUGAAGGGAACAAAAUGACAAUAUUUGUGGUCACAGAACCCUUGAGAAACCUUUGUUUCCGCCUUUUCAUUUGUCUCUAAAAUAGGGACAGGAAUUGCCCCUGACCCCAGUGAUAGGGUCAGUGCAGCCAGGACAAGGGCUGCUCUUUGUGCUGUGACCCAGGUGGCUCUCUGCAGCAGUCCUGCUCCAUCAGAGGGAACAGCAGAGCUGUGGGGGCCACUUUCCGUUCUUCACACCCACUUGUCUGGUCACCCUCCCAUGGAGAGUAGAACUGGGUGACAGGAGAGGGAGAUGGGUACAUGUAAUUAAUUCUUCCCAUAGGAAGGGCCAAUGUGUCACCAUUUAAAUGGACGAUUUGCACCUUAGGGCAUCAUUGCUGCUAGUGUCCAAAUGGCUGGUACGGUUUCCUUAGGGGCCUGCAUUAAAAGGAAGCCCACCCCUUAUCCCGCAUUAAUGCCCUGCAGUGUGUAAUGAGUCCAUGACCGCAUCUGACUUCCUAUCUCUGCAUCCUUUUUCCUCCUGCAUUGUCACCUCUGCAGGGGCAGGAUGCCGCCCAAUUUGAAGUGGGGAACUCAGUCUUUGAUGGAGUUGGCAUAUCUCUUUAAAGCAAGAGCUUGAUGUCUAGAGUCUUGUGGUCCAGUUUGGACUACUGGGAAUCAUUUUUGUGGGCUUUUUAAAAAUGUUAGAGACCUGAGUAGUAGGUUUGUGGUAAUACUGGAUCCAGGAAGCUCACAGUGAAAAGAGUAUGAACUUAACCAGAAAAAUACUUCUCUGUUCUAUAAAUCUCUCAGUGACAUUUGGAUUAAUCAAGCAUAAUUAAAUGUAGUUAGGUUUUUGUCAGAUUGUAGUUCAAAAUAAUAUUCAUCUAUGGAGAGGGUAAUAUAUUCUGUAGAAAUUUUAUUAAGCACUUUAGUUAAGCAAACACUAAGGAGAACAAAAUCAGCCUCAGGAAGGUUAAUUACUAAAAAAACACAAAGUAUAGUAGAUUAUGUAAAUCAUUUUAAUUUUGAAUACCAUGGCUUGAGCUUUAAUUUACAUAGAGAGGUAUUUUGGAUUUGUUUUUCAUACUGUAUUUUCCAAAAGAACAGAAUUGCAGUUGCAUUCUUUCAAAGUUCUAAACACUUUAGUAUUCCAUUAAAUUUGCUUAACUUUUUCAUCUUUCCCAAACUGAAGAAUUACAGUUGCAAAUACAGCUAAUUAUUUUAGGAUUCCUAAGUUUGUCUCAAUUGUAAAAACUGUAUUUUUAUUGGUACCUUUAAAGAAGUGAUCUUUUUAAGAGAAGGUUUAGGGGAAAGAAUGAAUGUACAUGAAACAGAAUAAAUGUGAACAUAUUCUGCCCUACCUGGCCUCUCAAUAAAUGAAAUGAAAUUUUUUAAAAAGGUAAAACAUAAAAAGUUUAGAAUGCAAUGAUAAAGCAUGUUAUUUUAGUAAUUUCUUUAAAGGGAGAAGGAAGUAAAGAGAUCAAAUUGAUUUUAUAUGUUGUAUUUUUUUAAACUCCGAGAAUUACGUCUUCCUACCCUGUGUGUCUCAGGGAAUAGCCUUUAUGAGAACCCCUGACAUUCUGUCACAGUUUGUUCAGAUUGGAUAGUUCCUGCCUAGAUAUCUAGAGCUAGAGUUUCAGAAAUAUUGUCAUUUCAAGAAUGCAAGACUCCCCAAGAAUCUUGAACCUCAACCCUGACCGUUGCUCAGAUUCUAUGUGCUUUAGGCUUUUUCAUGAUAAAUGACACCCACAUGUCCUUUGUUCAGUAUGUAUAUAAAGACCUCUUUGUCAUGUUUAUCGGCAAUUUUCCUAGAAAACCUCUGCAGUUUGAUUUUGUUUGAUAAUUUUGCUUCUUGGCUUUUCAGUGAGGAUUCUGUUUUCCACUGGAGUUGAAUCCUUUUGGAAUAAUCAAUUUUCACUUCAAAGAACAUUCUAUUAAAUAAUUCUAACUUUUGCAAACCUAAAAGUGGCCUGCUAGUUUGAAUUCUGUGCCUAACUUUUGCAAAUAGGCCACAACAGCACAAAUGUCAAAGAGCAUAUAUGCCCUAAGCAAUGUGUUUGCACUGCAGUGAGCAAAUGAAAGAAAUGGUUAACCUGGGCACUUCAGGCUGCUCUGACUGCUCUUCUGUUCCUCUUCGCCUUCCAUAUUGGUCAAAAAUGGCAAACUAAGAAUGGAAUGCAUAUUGAUAACACAACUACUUAAUGUUUUAAAAUAUUCUUACCUUGAGAUUCUUUUUGAGAGAAAAAAAGAAUCUUAACAUUCAGUUCUAACUCUGGCUCUUCAUAUAUGCUAGGCAUUAAAAAGACAAUUACAAGAGUUACAUUUGAUUGGAAGUCAAAGGCAUUUGCCAUUUAACCACACUACACAUAGUAUAACAAGAAGAGUUGCAAAAACUGGUAGGAGGAGUAUAAAAUGUUAUAUAUUGUUGAUUAUAAUAUACCGUGGCCCCCCUUCUUAUAAACUCCAUUUUAGCUUUGUCAUUGAACUUUUUUAUAACCAUGGGAAACCUCAAUCAGUAUUCUUAAAGGCACUAUAUUUACAUUAAGAACUGGCUUAUGCCUUUAUCUAAAAAACUGCUGAGGUUACUAUCCCACCUGUUUAAUUAGAACAAAUGUUUCAGAGUAAUCACAGCCGAAGCCUCAACUAUAGGGAUCUGAGCGCCCUGGCGCCUGCCUGCCACUGGAGAGGGAGUGUCGUGCCCAGCAUACAAUGUAAAGUGGAAGGUGCUUGCCAACAUCCUGUGUCUGCUCCCUUGUACCUUGCUGCCCGUGUAACUCUUCCUGGGGAAAGCAUCACACAAAGUCCUUUGGUAUCUUGCUUUACACUUUCAGAGUUCCUUUGACAGCUGGCAUGUAAUUUGACGAAUAAACUGUGCAUAUACUUAAAA